AUGACUUGCGUGUUAGGUACGCGUCCAAAGCAUGUAUGUAAGGUGGAGGCAGUGAAUGUGGGAGUGGGUGCGUGGCGUGUGCGCGUGGUGCAUCGGUGCCGCAUCGCUAUCGCGGCGUGUGUCGCAAGCGGCGCGGUGGCCGUGUGCGGGGUCCGCGCGUCCUUGGCCACGGCUCUACCACGCCGAUACAACGGUCCGGCGAGCCGGGGCGACCGUGCGCAACCGCUUCCGUGGAGCGGUCGCGUGCGCCCGACCACCGUGAAACUUUUUGCAGAACUUUUUAAUGGACGUGCCUUAUGCUCCAGACUGAGAAGGUUAAGUCAGUUCAAGUUGCCUUUAUCCGGCAUUCACUGCUCUGGAGUCACGACGCUACCUUUUGAAACGCAGCAGAGGCAUCGGUUCCGCACGAUUGAGGAUCCGGCGCGGUGCAGCUUCGGCUGCGGCGUUGACCACGCGACAUUGGCACAGUUGCGCGACCUCACCACGCCACGCCGCGCUAGUCGCGAUCGAGGCCGCGAAUAAAUGCCCCAAAACAAGAACCAACAGUGCGCUUGAAUUCCGGCACGCCUGAAUCACGCCGUACAAAUUAGCACUCGAUGCGCGCUCGUUUAUCUAACACGAGUAGCCAGCGGCCACACCCGCGCGAAAAAUACCAGCAGCGGAUGCCAACUACGCAGUGCACAGUCAGACACUACGCGAAAUAAAAGGU